CCUACAUGUUACUAGGUAGUUCAAUGUUGUAUGUAGCUUCUAAUCGAUCAUCGUACACUCAUCGGUAGUUGGAAAGUACUCCCAAAACAAUCUCCAAGACUUCUUCAUCACACCUAGUAUUCACCGACAUUAAGUUUCACCCUUUCAACACAUUACCUUCCCACUCUUGUGCCGUGAUCCUACUACUGUACAAAUAGCUUAACACAAGAUGCCUUUCGCCCAGCUUGUCCUGGGAAGUCCAGGCUCUGGAAAGAGUACCUAUUGCGACGGCAUGCAUCAGUUUAUGGGCGCAAUCGGCCGUGAAUGCUCCGUUGUGAACCUCGACCCUGCCAACGAUAAAACGAAUUACCCUUGCGCCCUCGACAUCCGCGACCUCAUCAAACUGGAGGAUAUCAUGGCCGACGACCAGCUUGGACCAAAUGGUGGUGUGCUGUACGCUUUCGAAGAGCUCGAACAUAACAUGGAAUGGCUUGAGGAAGGCUUGAAGAGACUGGAAGAUUCAUACGUUAUUUUCGAUUGCCCUGGCCAAGUAGAACUAUACACGCAUCACAACUCCUUACGGAACAUAUUCUUCAAACUCCAAAAGAUGGGUUACCGGCUCGUAGCUGUUCACCUUUCCGAUAGCUUCUGCCUGACACAGCCGUCCCUUUACAUUUCCAACCUCCUCCUUACUCUUCGAGCCAUGCUACAGAUGGACCUUCCUCAUGUCAAUGUCCUCACCAAAAUUGACAAGGUCUCAUCAUAUGAUCCCCUACCCUUCAACCUCGAAUACUAUACCGAUGUCCAAGACCUGUCACAUCUAGUAUCCUAUCUCCAAGAAGAGGCGCCCGCGAUGCGUAGCGAAAAGUUUAGUCGACUCAACGAAGCUGUCGCGAACCUGAUUGAGAACUUUGGUCUGGUUUCAUUCGAAGUCCUAUCUGUCGAGAAUAAGAAGACGAUGAUGCAUCUUCUGCGAAUUAUCGAUAGGGCCGGAGGCUAUGUAUUCGGCGGUGCAGAGGGAGCUAACGAUACGGUAUGGCAGAUAGCCAUGCGUAAUGAGAGCUCUUUGAUGGAGGUGGAAGAUAUCCAAGAGCGUUGGGUAGACUUGAAGGAGGAAUACGAUGCCCUAGAAGAGAAAGAGGAAGAGGCGCAGCGCAAGACCAUGGGAGGGGGCACUGGAGUUACGACGCCAGAUUUAAUUCCGGAUGACGGCGAUGACCCGUACGACGGAAUGCCACCUCCUAGAGGUGAUAGUGGGAUCAAGGUAGUUCGUAAAAAACAGUGAUGCCCCUUUUCAACCAUCGAUAAUUUCACCCAUUUCUAUGUCGCUAUUAUCAUACUCAACGUCCGGUAAGUCCGUCAUG